ACGUCACCAACGCGCCUGGCUUUGCUUUGCUUCGACCGCUGGGUGUAUAUGGACAAUAUUGGAGGACGCGGUUGAGAGGUGUGGAGGGCAGAGUGGGAGGGGGGGGCGUCAUGGCUUCCUCCAUGGUCCGAGCCACCGUCCGGGCUGUGAGCAAGAGGAAGAUUCAAGCCACCCGAGCAGCCCUCACGCUGACCCCAUCUGCGGUGAAUAAGAUAAAACAACUGCUAAAAGACAAACCUGACCAUGUAGGAGUUAAAGUAGGUGUGCGCACAAGAGGUUGUAAUGGCCUUUCCUAUACACUAGAAUAUACAAAAUCAAAAGGAGAUUCUGAUGAAGAGGUAGUACAAGAUGGUGUCAGAGUGUUUAUUGAAAAAAAAGCCCAACUUACACUUUUAGGAACUGAAAUGGACUACAUAGAAGACAAACUGUCCAGUGAAUUUGUUUUCAAUAACCCAAACAUCAAAGGAACGUGCGGUUGUGGAGAAAGCUUCAAUAUUUAAAUUACCAGGACUAAUUCCAUGACUUUUAGCAAUGCAGAACUGCUUUCUAAAAGCAAUCAGUUGUCGUGUGUUUUUCACAUAUAUGGGCUUUGUAAGAUAGUGGGCUUGACACAAAAUAAAACCGCUGCAUUUUGAAAAUAUAAUCUGUGUGUUCAGUUCUCUCCCCCCCCCCCUUUACUAAAGCUUAAAGUGGGAUAGAAUGAAAAGUGAUUUGUUUGCAAAAAAACAACAACCAAAAACCCUACACUGUUGCAUAAGAAUUCAUAAUUUGGUUUAUAGCAAAUACUACUUUUUAGGACUCUACACUUAGCAGCUUGUUUACAAAAUUAAAAAAGUUUCUUUAAAAAGUUCCAUAGACUCAGAUUUCCACAUACUAUAUUUUGAAAUAGUAACUGCUCUGUGUAUACUUCUCUGUGUAUUAUAUGAUCUAAAUAUUGUUCAUUAUAUUUUAAAGCAAAAGGCAAUCACAUACCAAAAGGGUUCAGUGUUCCCUGUUUAAAUAUUUUAUAAAUAUCUAAAAAAUUAAUUUGAAUUCUGAUACUUAUGAGAUUAUAUAACUUAAUCCCCUUUAAGCAAGUAAAUGUUUUUUUAUAUCAGAAAAGCCAACAGUGUUUUCAGCAAUCUUGUACUGUGAAUGUAGCAAACAGUAGUAAUGGAGAAUUCUGUUUGAAAAAAAAAUUAUCAUGAAAGCAACUGAAAGUGAAUUCUACAUUAUAUUUCCUAAUGGAUAGAGAAAAUAUUUUUUCUAGUGGACUAAAUAAUUUUAUUACCAUGCAGCAAAAUUAAAUUAUUGAGCAACCACAGUUUUGUUAACUAAUGGCAAUUUAUAAUUGGACUUUAAUUUUGUUAAAAACUGAGUAAAAACUCAACAUUUUGCUUGAGAAAAAGUUUGAACUGUGCUGACAACUUAAAGAGUAAUUUUACAAAUAUAUUGUGUGUUCAUGUAAUAAUCUUGGAUAAAAUUAAGACUCAUUUGCAGGAUUUUAUGAUUUAGGAUGUCACACUUUUACAAACUUUAGCAUUUCUACUGUUUUUCCCCCCAAUGAAGUACAGUAAAUGUUUCCAAAACACUAUCUUAUGUAAGAUAGCAAUUAUCUUAUACAGUCAGACAUUCACACUAGCCUUAGGAUGGGAGAAGAAAGAAUAUGUUAUAUGAAUGAUAUGUCAUGUAUUACAGUGCAAGAUUACUACUCUAGUAACUUAUCAGUAGCCACAGCUCUGCUUUUCAGAUACUUGCACUUAAGUGAAACACUGGGGAACAAAUCCAUUUGAAAACAGUUUUAACAGCUGGAACAAACUGUUUUGGUAAGCUGUACAAUUCUUUGCAUGGCAGAUUUGACAUGCUGCUUUACACAGCAUGUUCAAGAAGAAAAACCAGCCUACUCUGGACAGAGUUUGGCAUGCUGAAUUUUCAGCUCCUGCAAACAUAUAGGUUGCCUGGGCUAUGGUUCUUGGUGAAAUUUCUCCAAAUAUAGUCAUAUGCAUAAUAUUUAGUGUUUUCACUUUGCAAAAAUGGGUUACAGUAUUCCUUGCUGAAAACAGCUAUGCUAUGUGAUUUAUGGUUAUGAAAAGGACUUGAAUGUAACUAACAUGUAAGAGACAUAGAUUUUUUUUUUGGAAACAUUUUGUUCUUUAUUGAUUCAUAAGCUAUGUGAAUGAAACUCCCAGUUAUGAAAAUACAACGCACUAUUAUUCUUGAAUACCUAACGCACAAUUAUGAAGUAAAUUUAUAUUAUAUGAAUGUGUCUUUAUUGAUCAUCUGUUAUGUGUAUAAUGUAAUUAAGAACUGUAAUAAAUUAUCUUUUGGUGAACAUGGAA